AUGGAGCCGCGCGCUGGGCGCUGCGUCCUGCUCGCGCUCGGCCUGGCCUGGAGCCUCGGGCUGGCAGAGGCGACGGCGCCGAGUGAGGCCAAGCGCUCAGUCAAUCCCCUGGUGGCCACACCGUGCUGGCAAGCAGAAGACUUUGUCGUUGUUCAGGAUUGUGCCCCGUGCACGAUCUUCCAAGCAAAGACAAUGCCCGAGUGCAGCACGACUGGCUUCAUCGAGCAAGUUAGCUGUGCCGUGUCCAAGAAGGAGGAGUACAAGAGCUGCCGCUCAGUGGUGACGGAAGCACACAGCUUCUGGAAGUUUGAGGGGGCCAUGAUCUGCGUUGCUGUGGUCUUUGCCCUGUUGGUCAUGUGCCGCCAGAGGGUGCUGGACAGGAAGGCCCUGGAGAAAGUUCUCAAGCAGAUCGAGUCCAUUUAAUAUCUGUGGCCUCCCAGCAGCCCUGGAGCUGCCCACCUCCUCUGUCCUGUGUGGGAACUGGGGCGUGGAUGUUAAUCCCCUUUCCCGCUCCAGGGAGCUGCAGGAGGAGGAUACUGGCAUCCGAGACCGAGAUCUGCUGUGUCCUAGCAGAGCGCCCCUCUGACGCUUGGGAGCGCAGUUCAGCCAACUCAGAGCCACGCCGAACACCGCUCUGCUUGCUCCUUGGAGACUCAGCAGCCGGCUGGGUCUCCAGGCACCGGGAUUCCCCUCUGUCCAUCUCACCUGCCAUGCGGAGAGCCAGGGUCCAUCCCUUCCUAGCUCCUUCUCUCUUGCUGUCAGUGCACCUGAGCAAUCCUUUUGUGACUGGCAGCUCCUGGUGGGAUAUGGGGCUGUGCCCAGUGGGGGCUGCCACCUUGCGUCUCUCGGAAUUAAUGCAGCCCCCAGCCCCUCUCCCUACGCAGGUUCUGAGCCAGUAAACCCCGAGCCUAGAUGCAGGAGUAGCCUCUGGGCUGGCCAGUGCCCUGCUGUGCUGGCUGUCCAGCCUGCGCAGUGAGGGAGGGCUGUUGGUUUGCAGGCCCCAGGCUGGGGCGGCCCGCAGGGCAUGGGGGACUUGCAGUCCAGUUACCACUGAAGCGGAGCGUGACCCUGCCUGGCUGAGGGGCAGCAAGGGGCAGCGCAGCCCUCAGGCAAAGGAGGGACGCCAUUGGCAGUGUCCUCCGUUCCCUCAGGCAGCUGGCUUGUCUGCUGAGGGAGUCCGGGCAGCCCUCUCCCUGCCCUGGGUGCAUCCCUCCCAUGACUCCAGGCAGCAGGCCAGAUCUUGGCACACGCUUCCCUGCUGCUCCAUGCUGAUGCCAUGGCUGAUCUUGGAGGCAUGAGGAUCCAGCCUGUUUUCACUGAGCUUAGCAGACCCCUCAUGGCUCUGCUUUAAUGAGGGCCAGGAGAGGGGAGAUGUUUCCUCUAGCUGGAUGACUGGCACUGCCUGCCCCGAUGCAGCCGCCUGCAGGGGAUGAGGGAACUGCUCCCCCGUGGCUGGCUGUGGGGUGCCGGGAUCCCUGUGUUAGGAAACUGCUGGUCUGGCCACUGUCCGGUGUGGCGCUGCCCCUCCUGGGAGCCGUGUUGGGCUGAUGCUAUUGCACCUGCCAGCACAGUGCCUCCUGCAGGCGUGGAGGAGCUCAGCCAGGCCUCCUGGCACCAAUGUGCCCUCCCCCCUAGGAACACCCAGUUAGCAGCUUCUCUCCUGUCCCUCUCACCUCAGUUCUAGGGCAGCAAGUCACGGCCAAGCCAGCAUCUCUCCCAGCUGGGGGCCUGGCCGUGUCCUAUGGGCAUAGGGCUUUGAUCCAGGGGUACAUCCCAGCGCUGACCUCCCGCCCCGCCAGCCUAGCCUCCUGGGAACCACGGUCUUGUCACACUGCACCCUGCUGCUGUAGCCCAGGGCCCAUGAUUGGCAGGCUGAGGGAUGGAGGAGGUGUCUCUGGUGCUGGUAAUGGGCAUUGUCUUCUGGCAUCAGUCUGAGCUCAGUGGUCCGUGUUCCUGUCCCAUCCUCCUGGAUGCCCCCUGUGGGCAAUGAUCUGAGCCUGCCAGGGAGCCCAUGUCACAGCUGUCACUAAUUACCCCCCUUCAAAGAGCAGGGAACCAGGCCCCGAGCAGGUGGGUUCCCUCCAGCGCAGGCUGGGACCAGCUCCUAAACUCCCUAGACUAGAGUAACAGUGAUUAAAGUGCUGAGUGUCGCCUGCUCCCGGCUGCACCUCAGACACAGCAAGGGGGAUGAAAGCUCCAGCUGUGUUCUCUGCAUUGCCUGGGCUAACAGGAGGGUGGGGGCAGCUCUGCAGGGGGACAGGGGAUGUUGAGGAACUUCUCAGGACCCUGCUUGUCCCCGCCCCAACCGGAGUGGACAGGGCUGGGGUCUGGAGCCAUUUGAACAUCCCCUCCCAUGAGUUGGCCUGUCUCCAGGUGUUACCGGCGGUGCAUGGAAGGGGCAACGGGCCAAACCCUCCCUUGGGUGCCCCGACCGUCGGCAGCGAGGGGAGCAUGUAGGUCGCUGGAGCAGGCAGCUGCACAGCUAAUUGGGAGCAGGCUGGUCUCCCGGGGCUGCCCUUGUGCUGAGGGAUUUCUGUCUCACUGCUCUGGGUGGACAUCUCCUCCCACGCGCCCAGCUGCUCCCCUCUCGCUGCAGAGCAGCCCAGUGCACUGCUGCACAGCACCCUCCUACCUCUCCCAGCAGAGCACCCCGCAACCGCCCCCUGCAGCUGGCGUCACUUGCUGUGUGACUGGCCCAGCCUGCAGAGCUCCUGCUGCUCCCUGUAAGGGAGAGUUAGAGCUCUCGGCUCCCUCCCCCCUGGUACUGCAGUCCUCCCAUUCUGGUCCCUUAGUGCUGCCCUGGGGCCAAGCUCUGGGCUCACUUGCUCUGUGGGGCUGAGGUGACCAACCCUUGGUGCCAGGCUCUAGAGCUGGUGCCCUGGGACCCAGUGCUGCCAGGGAUCUCUGGGGCAGACCCUCACCCAGGCCUGGCAGUGCCCAAGAACAGGCAGCAGGCUGGCUCGCGUCCUCCCCUCUGCUCUCCCUCAAAUCUAGUCAUGCUGAGGUCGCAAGAGGCUGCAGGUGGCUGCGCUUGGCUCAGCUCGAACAGUCGGGGUUUAUUUUUUUAAAAAGCUUUUACAAAACUGAACAGAACCAGGAAUGUCAAUAAAAAAAAAACCUUUCAAAGCA